AUGGCCGCCCGCGUCCAGCGCCGCCGCCGAUACCGCUGGCCCGAACUCCAACUCAACAUCUGGAUCAUCAUCGUGCUCGCCGGCUCCGCAAUCUGCCUAGGCAUCUUCGCCUGGUUCAUGGCGGUACAGUCGCAGCUCCGUCUGGGGACUCCAUGCCUCGGCGUCUUCUUCAUCUUCCUCGUUCUCUUCCUCGCGGCGCAGCGCUUCCUCCUCCCCGGGAUCAUCAUCAUCGGGAGUUUUAUCCUCUUCGUGCUGUGGCUGACGGGGUUGAUCGAGACCUCGCUGCAGCUGUAUGGGGUUGUGGGGAACGUGAACGACAACUGUCAGAACUACGUGGUGGAGAAUCCGUCCACGGGGAAUAAUAUCAAUACGUUGGCGUGGUUGACACAGAGUACCAUUUGUAAUUGCUGGAAGACCGCGUUUGCGUUUGAGCUGGUCAAUACCAUCUUCUUUCUAUGGAUGAUGGUCAUGUCCUGGCAGGUUAAUCGCGAUGUAUAUGAUUGA